AUUCACAGUGUGUUCUAAUACGUUGCAUAUUUUGUUACGAAAUCAAUAUGUCGAAAAUUAGCUUGUUCACUGGAUCAGUUGUUUUAUUGGUGGCACUGGUAGUCUUCAAUCCCGUUGAAGCUGGUCGUCCUCCGCCACAGAAACGCGAACCCCUUGAUGUCAAAAAAAAACUAGAGGAGCUAUCCGAAAAGAUUGCUAAAAUACUCAAGGAGGCCAAAGAGAAGGCAGAGAAGACAGCAAAGGCCAUAGCAGCGAAAGCGUCAGAGGAAGUAAAAGAAGCGAUAAAGGACGCUAAAGAUGCUUUAGCUGCCGCGAGAAAAAUUAAUGCCAAAGUGGAAGAGGCGUUUGAGAAUUUGGCAAAGAAGAUUGAAAAAGCUAUCAGCGAUAUUGCCAAAGGAAAUAAGUGAAUUGUAAUCAACUCUACAAAGAUUGAUUUUCAAUAAAAUAAUAAGAAGA